UUCAAACCUCGAAAUGUUGAUAAAUAAUGGCAGAUUCAUCUCAGCCACAUUUCAAGAAAAGAUCGUAUAAACGCCACGAUUCGAGACAGCAUAAUUUACAAAAGCGACCGCCACAAAAACUCGAUCGCCGAGAUUCAGUCAUUUACGUUAGCUCAAAAUCGAACAUUAAAGCCUUACUAGACAAGUGCGAUAAGUUGAUAAAAAAGGAUGAGAAAGAAAUCGUCAUCUACUGCAUGGGAGCUGCGAUUCAACGCGGCAUAUUGUUAGCCUUACAAGUUUGCGAGCAAAACGUCGCCUUUAAAAUAGCCACAAAUACGUCAACUGUGGAGUUAGUAGACGACCUGGAGCCGACCGUCGACGAGGCCGAUUACGAAAUUUUAAAACGCAGCAACUCCGCCUUGCAAAUAAAAUUGUGUCGCGAGGGCGUCACGGUGUAAUGUUUACCAUUCAAGAGAUAGUGCGG